AUAUAACCUCAAAUACUACAAAAGCAUGUAUUGCCUAUUUCUUCGCGUAUAAAUAAUGAAUUAUAAAACUAAAUGAAACUUGAAAACGAAAACAUGAAGUCUAGUAAACGUCCACUUAUUUUCAAAGCUUUAGAAUUAAAAGUUACGGAGGAUUCAGAGUCUCCCCACACAAUCUAUAUCAAAGAGCAUGCGGUAAGGGAUCACACAGAGGACAGACCUCAAGGCAGAACUUUAUUCGUUGUCAACAUCCCCCCAUAUAUUGACGAAAAUGGAAUCAAAAACGCAUUUCGAGACGCUGGCACUGUGAAAUCUGUGACUCUUCUACAAAAGCCGGGUCCUUCAGAAACAAAAACUAUAGACAAAUUCCUUCCAGUGACCCAGAAAGCUAUAUUCAAAGUGGGCUAUAUAGUUUUUGCUAAAGUAGCACAUUUAGAUAAAGCUCUAGCUCUUACGGAACUCGCCCCUGUUAUCUCUGACGAAUAUCAGAUCAAAUGUGGUAUGAAAAAGUGGGUAGCAGAGUACAACAACUCUGUACUGCUUGCUAAAGAGCUGAAGGAAAAAGUAGAAGCAUUCAUGAUAAAACAUGAUGAGAAAACUAAACAAGCCGAGGAUAAAGAAAAGAAAUUAGAGGAAGAGGAUGAUGAUGGCUGGAUCACGGUCACUAAGAAGGGAAAAGUACAGAGCUUCGCUCGCUCCGAGAAAGUUGAGAGCAAAGUCAUGGCUAAAGAAGAGAAAAAUAAAAAGCGGAAAGAAUUGAAGAACUUCUACACCUUCCAGAUUAGAGAGUCGAAAAUGAAGCAUGUGGUAGCUUUGCGACAGAAGUUUGAAGAGGACAAGAAGAAAAUAGCUCAGAUUAAACAGAGUCGUAGGUUUAAGCCUUUCUGAAUAAACUAGUUUAGUAUCAAAAUGUUUGUAUU